AUGUCAAGUGAAGAAUCUCUUGCAAUGAAUACAAACCCUGAACCAAAAAUACAGCAAAUAAUAGGACGAAGAAUAUCAGGCAAGAUAUGGAAAUAUAAAAAAACAGCUACGCGGCGUUCACAACUUUCCCCUACUUUACGAAAAAAUUGGGAUGAACGGAUAAAAGAACGAACUGAGAGGGAAACAAUGAAAAAGUUGGAAAAUGAAUUAAAAGAAGAACAAUCUUCUUCAAAUAAAGUAAUUCUGGGUAAAAGGUCUCAUACCGAGAGUAUUGAAAAGGAAGAAAACAAUAAUGGACAAAUGCAUUCUCGUAACAGAUAUCGAAAUAAUCCUCCCGAUUUUGCAGUUCUGGCAUUUAAAUAUUCUUCAUUUUAUCCUUAUGGGACUGGUGCUUCAUGUAUUUACCCAUUAUUGGCUUGUACCUUAAACAAAAAUUGGGUAAUGUUGGCUACUGAGAUUGAUGAAAAAUCUGUCGAAUAUGCAGAAAAUAAUGUAUUGCGAAAUAAUUUAGAAAAUAAAAUUUCGGUUGUCCUUAACAAAACGGAUAAGAAAAUUUUACUUUCCGAAGAAGUGAUGAUUAAUAAUAAUAUCAGAUUUGCAUUUUGCAUGUGUAAUCCUCCCUUUUAUGAAAGUCAAGAACAAUAUGAAAAAGGAGUUGAAAUUAAACAGACACCACCUUUAUCAGUAUGCAAUGGUACAUCUCGUGAAAAAUUUACACCAGGUGGGGAAUUUCAGUUUAUUAAAGAUAUUCUAGAUGAAAGUCUUGUCUUAAGAAAUAAGAUAAGAUGGUAUACUUCUAAGAUUGGCCGAUUAGAAACUGUUAAUAAAAUCGUCCGAGAAUUAAAAAGAACAGGGAUUGAUAAUUAUGUAGUCACUGAAUUUUGUCAAGGACAAACUCGAAGAUGGGGUAUUGGUUGGUCUUUUGGAAGUCAACGACCUCCUACGAACAUUAUAAAUCAAACAUCUAAAAAACUUCGUAAAAUUUCACAACCAAAAACUGAAUUCUGUUUCGGGAUACCUGCAGAUUCUCAUGACGUUAUAGGUUGUAUUUUAGUACAUUUAAAUGAAUUAGAUAUUGAUGGGAAUUUCAAUGAUGAAAAUGGAACGUUUUUCGGUAGUGCUAAAACCAAUACCUGGUCACAACCAUGGAAAAGCAAUGCCACAAAUACUAAAGUCACAUUUUCCUGGACUGAUGGUAAGGAUCGAAAUGUUUUUGAAUCAUUUUAUUCUCAUGUUAAAAAAUGGUUGGAACAAAAGUUUGCAGUGAAUGACCAAAAUGAAUGA